UUCUUAUUCCGAAUUCAAAUUUGUUUUGUUUAUUUUCUUACCACCAUAUUCUAAAAAGUAUAUUUGUCUUUUUUUUGUAAUUACACUUAUUACUGUAAUUCAAUUUAAAUAAUUUAACAGAGAAAUGGCGUUGCCAAUUGUUUCAAUAACCAGACGGGAAACAUUCAGCUCAUGUCACAGACUCCAUAGUAAAUUUUUGAGUGAUGAAGAAAAUAAAAAAUUGUAUGGUAAAUGCAAUAAUCCCAAUGGACAUGGCCAUAACUAUGUUGUGCUGGUAACAGUCAAGGGGCCUGUGGACACUCAGACAGGCAUGGUCAUGAAUAUUCAUGAUCUCAAACAAUGUAUGCAGGUUGCCAUAAUGGAUCCACUGGACCACAAAAAUUUAGAUCAAGAUGUGCCAUAUUUUAAAACUGUGGUGAGCACCACUGAGAAUUUAGCAAUUUUUAUAUGGGAUCAGCUACAGAAAGUUAUGGACAAGCCUCAGUUGCUCCAUGAAGUUAAAAUAUUAGAAACUGAGAAAAAUCACGUAGUGUACCGCGGCGGCAGCACUUACCCGAGGAAGAAACGCGACAACUCCAGCCUGCACCCUAACAACAAAUAUUACAAUGUUUCUUCUGACUCAGACUGAUUUAUACAUAUUUUAUUUUGGAGUUUUAUUAUUUCUGUAUACAUGCUUAUGAUUUAUACAAAGAUUUUAUAUUAAUGUUAAAAGUAUUAGUAAAAUAAGUGAAAA